AUGAAAACAAAGCAACUGCAGUUACAUACAACCAAGUCUUUCCUGAGUGCAUGGGACGCAGCUUGUGCCUCUGCAAACCCUACAACAAUCUAUGUCCCACCAGGAAGGUACUUGCUUCACAAAGCAAAGUUCUACGGUGAACAGUGCAAGAACACAGCCAUCACAAUCCGUAUCGAUGGCACUCUUGUUGCUCCCUCUGACUACCGCGCUAUUGGAAAUGGUGGAAGCUGGCUUAUAUUUGAGAAAGUCAGUGGGGUUUCCAUCUUUGGAGGAACACUUGAUGGCCAAGGGACUGGUUUGUGGGCUUGCAAAGCCUCUGGCAAGGCUUGCCCUACUGGAGCUACGACACUGGCCUUGUACAAUUCGAACGACAUUGUAAUUAAUGGAUUAACAUCACUAAACAGUCAGAUGUUCCACAUUGCCAUCGAUGGCUGCCAUAAUGUGAAGGUGCAAGGAGUGAAGGUCUCGGCCUCAGGCAAUAGCCCAAAUACAGAUGGUAUUCACAUUCAAUUAUCAUCUGGAGUCACCAUCUCCAACUCUAGGAUAGCCACAGGAGACGAUUGUGUCUCAAUAGGCCCUGGCAGUACCAAUUUAUGGAUCGAGAACGUUGCCUGUGGCCCUGGCCAUGGGAUCAGCAUUGGAAGUCUAGGAUGGGAAUUGCAAGAACCUGGAGUGCAGAAUGUGACAGUUAAAACGGUUACUUUCACGGGUACACAAAAUGGUGUGAGGAUAAAGACAUGGGGUAGGCCCAGCAAUGGUUUUGUUCGGGGCAUUGUUUUUCAGAACCUCUUUAUGGUCAAUGUCCAAAAUCCCAUCAUAAUUGAUCAAAAUUACUGUCCUCACAAUAACAAUUGCCCUGGUCAGAAUUCUGGUGUGAUUAUUAGUGACGUGACAUAUCAAGACAUCCAUGGAACAUCGGCGACAGCAGUUGCAGUUAAAUUUGAUUGUAGUAAAAAGUAUGGAUGCAAAGGGAUAAGGUUGGAAGACGUUAAUCUCACCUUCGGGAAUCAACCAGCAGAAGCAUCAUGUGUCAAUGUUGGAGGAUCAACCUCUGGUUCAGUUGAACCAACAAGUUGUUUGUAGGACAAUAUGAAAUUUAUACACACAUCAUAU